GGGAUGGCAGCGACAGUGAUGUGGUAACAGCUGUAGUUUCAAGCUUUUCGAAGAAUUUUCGAACAAAAUCGUAUUAGUGUCUUUUUUUUUUAUACGUAUAAUCAUAACACUGAUAGCUCCGUGAGUCGUAGACACACAUUGGAGUACAUUGGAAAGUUGGAGUGUCGCACGUCUACAGGAGGCCAGACGCAAAAUCCACGAAUAUCGGUGGACGCGGUGAUUGCGGCAUAUAUAACUGCAUAUAACGCGCAGUGCGGACGAAACAGCUAAAUGUGGUGUCGGCGUGAGCACUUGUGACGCGCGCCAUGUCGCGCGUUCCCAGCUGAUCUUACAUUUGACAUAACGUGCACGUAUUCCCGCAGCCGUACUGUUCAACAGCAGCACCGAAAAUAGCGUAAUUACGAAGAAGAUAUAGCCGCGCGUCUUCCUUGAUGCGUGAUUCAGUCGUGAUCUAGUAAAAUCCGAGCUGUUCCGAGAGAGAAUGGCGGAGCUGGAUGACUUAUUUCACACGGAUCAAUAUGUAGGUCCGGAGCGCCUUACUGAUUUGUGCUACAAACUGAUCUGCGAGAAUCUUGACAUUAUCUCGAUAAAGGGAAGACGCGGCCAUCGGAUACUACGAAAGGGAAUAACUUUCCCGAGCGAGAUAUGCGACAAGAUUAUAGAAUACGCGCAACGUAGUGAGGCGACCGAGGAUGAUGAUUGCUUUUUCUCCAUUUUCAAAAAUCUAGCGGCGACCCGACUGAAGCACGUUAAGAUCUCUAAUUGCAGCCUGACUGACACUUCGGUUCAGACACUUGUCAAUCACAAACUUUAUGAUUUAGAACUCACUGAUUGUAGUAAUGUAACAGAAAUCUCUAUCGAGCAUAUUAAUGCCAAUUCAGAGAACUUACACAGUUUAGCGUGUUAUGGAACUUCGAUGAUUAUACCUUCUAGUUUAAGUGCCUCCGGCUCGUCCAACAAUUAUGUCCAACAAUUACAAUACUAUGGACGAAAUUACCAAACACGAAGAUACGUUUUCAAAACGCCGAAUUUAAAGCGACUGGCAUUAGCAUAUGUAGGAAUACCUUCAUCAGAAUAUACAUUGCUACUAGCAGGAUUAACGAAUUUGACGCAUCUAGAUUUAUCCAAUAGCUGUAACAUUGAUACUUUUGAAUUUUAUCACUUGGUACCAAAUUUAGUAUCCUUAGCUUUGUACAACGUUAAGGUCAAUACUGACCCAAAAUCUUUUGUUAAGAACAUCUGUCAGUUGAAGAAUUUGAGGCACUUGGAUAUUUCUCAGUCGUGUCAUAAACAGGGACAGUUUGAGAAUCCUAAUAAGAUCUUGUCUGACCUAGUGACUGGUCUACCUCAGUUGGUUUCUUUAGACAUCGGCGGCACAAACCUUGCAGGAAGAGGUGUAGCUGAGCGUCCCAUAAAUACAAAUAUUGAGGACACCAAUUAUGUACAACUUUCCGAUAUACCAGGACUCGCAUCUAAAAUACAUAAGCCAUUACAAUUUUUAGGACUUUAUGGAACUACUCAUGGUGCUUGUAGAAGACAUGAUAUACCAGCAAAAGUGGUCGCUGGCGAUGCAAAUGAGGAUCAAAUACUGAUCGCAGCUCAUGUUUGUAUGGACAAUAAACAAGAAUUAUUGCAAAAAGUAUUGAGUGAUUUAUACCAUGUAUUUAGAUUUGAAAAUUGUCAUAGAAUGGAUCAAGCGCUAUGUACUGUCUUGGAAGCAAUGGAAAAGCAUCCAGCUCAGAAGCAUAUACAAAUAUCUGGAAGCGCCACGUUAUUCUAUAUAUUAAAGAUGAAGGAAAAGGGUGAAUUAGUAGCACGAAUGAAGAAAAGGAUUAUCAGUACUCUCCUUGCUGGUAUGAGCACACAUAGAGAUGAAGAAACUAUGAUGCGGAAUGGUUGUUUGGCAUUAUGUCAAUUCCGCAUACCACAUGAUGUGAUGUCCAAUUAUGAAACUCUUGUAAAAGUACUUUUACAUUCAGCCAAACACUCAGAACCAGAAAGUUUCGUUCAAAGAAUUGGCAUAUAUCUAUUGAACUCUUUAGCUUGUCAAGUGGAAGGUAAAGAGAAAAGAUUACUUGGCAAAUUGGGUUGUGUUAAGACUAUGUUAGAAUUGGUGGCGUACAGGGUGGAAACAAAUAUAUUCGACGAUGUAUUAGAAGUCGCAUGGUCGACUAUGUGGAAUAUGACAGACGAAACAUCUGUAAAUUGCGAACGAUUCUUAGAUGAGGAAGGCAUGGCACUUUUCUUGAAAUGUGUACAGCGAUAUCCAUAUAAAGAAGAACUAUUGAGGAAUAUGAUGGGUUUGCUCGGAAAUGUGGCAGAAGUCGAAUAUCUUCGGAUCCAUCUUAUGCAGGAACGAUAUGUAACUGUCUUCUCCAAUCUGUUACGAUCUAAUAGUGAUGGAAUCGAGGUUUCAUACAAUGCUGCUGGUAUAUUGGCACACAUGGCAUCUGAUGGUGUCGACGCUUGGACAAUAGAAAAGCCAACUCGUAAAGAGGUUCUUAAAUACAUGGUGCAAGCAAUUGAAAGUUGGGACUUAAAUGCAGAACGUAAUAUUAAUUAUCGUUCGUUUGGACCAUUAUUACGUCUACUGGAUGUGUAUCAUACUCCUCCAUGUCAACAUUGGGCUGCUUGGGCUCUUGCCAAUCUCACUAAAGUAUACUCAUUCAAAUAUUGUGCAUUAGUAGUGAAAGAAGGAGGACUAGAGAAACUACAUACAGUGAUAGCGGAUUCUAGACCAUACGAACGUAUAAAAGAACUCGCAAAUUUGGUGAUUGAAAAUUGCUGUCAAUACGAGAGCCAUUCCGACGAUGUAAAUGUUUCUCAUUCAGUCUUAGAUUCGGAAUAUAUACGUCUGGGUGGCUAAAAAAUAUCUUAGUAACAUCAUUAUGCGUUGCAUAACUUAUAUCGUUUCUUUAGGCAAAACAAAUAAUUAGUACUACAAUUUGAUAAUAGCCGAGGAAUAAUUACAUAGACGAAUCAGAAAAACAUGAGUGUGUUACAUUAACUUGAUAAUAAUAGAUCUGUUCUUUGUAGUUGUACCAUGUCACACUUUCUGCACUUAAAAUAUGAAAUAAGUAUAUAAUUAGACAGGGAAAAAAAAGAAAUGAUAAAAAGUACAAAAAGUGUAGCUACAAAGAACGAACCUAUUUUUUCGAUAAAAAAAAAGAAAAGGAAUGGAUGCU